GCUAGAGCGAGAGAGAGGGAGGAAUAGAGAGAGAGGGAGGAAUAGAGAGAGAGAGAGAGGGAGAGCGCGCGCCCCUACUCUACAGAGCGCAGGGCUCGUGCAGCAUCAGAUAUGUGAGCGGCGGGAAGCGGCUCUGCCUCGCGCUGCAGGAGGACGGCAGGAUGGCGGGAGGACGGCGGGGUCUGGUGGCCCCUCAGAACACUUUCCUGGAGAACAUCGUCCGCCGGUCCAACGAUACUAAUUUCGUGCUGGGAAACGCUCAGAUCGUCGACUGGCCGAUCGUCUACAGCAACGACGGCUUCUGCAAACUGUCCGGUUACCAUCGAGCCGAGGUCAUGCAGAAGAGCAGCACCUGCAGCUUCAUGUACGGAGAGCUGACCGACAAGGAGUUGACGGAGAAGGUUCGGCAGACCUUCGAAAACUACGAGAUGAACUCUUUUGAGAUUCUGAUGUACAAGAAAAACCGGAUGCCGGUGUGGUUUUUCGUGAAGAUCGCUCCAAUCAGGAACGAGCAGGACAAAGUCGUCCUGUUCCUCUGCACCUUCAGUGACAUCACCGCCUUCAAGCAACCAAUCGAGGAUGACUCUUCAAAAGGUUGGGGUAAAUUUGCCCGUCUGACUCGUGCGUUAACCAGCAGUCGAGGAGUUCUCCAGCAGCUCGCUCCCGCUGUCCAUAAAGGAGAAAACGUCCACAAACACUCGCGCCUGGCAGAGGUUCUCCAGCUGGGCUCGGACAUCCUGCCUCAGUACAAACAGGAAACUCCGAAAACGCCGCCGCACAUCAUCCUGCACUACUGCCUCUUUAAGACCACGUGGGACUGGGUCAUCCUCAUCCUCACCUUCUACACCGCCAUCAUGGUGCCCUACAACGUCUCCUUCAAGACCAAGCAGAACAACGUCACCUGGCUGGUGGUGGACAGCAUCGUGGACGUCAUCUUCCUCGUCGACAUCGUCCUCAACUUCCACACCACGUUCGUCGGGCCGGCCGGCGAGGUCAUCUCCGACCCCAAACUCAUCCGCAUGAACUAUGUCAAGACCUGGUUCGUCAUCGACCUGCUGUCCUGCCUGCCUUAUGAUGUCAUCAACGCCUUCGAGAACGUGGACGAGGGGAUCAGCAGUCUCUUCAGCUCUCUUAAAGUGGUGCGGCUGCUGCGUUUGGGUCGUGUUGCCAGGAAGUUGGACCACUACAUUGAGUACGGUGCUGCUGUACUGGUGUUACUGGUGUGUGUGUUCGGACUGGCGGCUCACUGGUUGGCGUGUAUCUGGUACAGCAUCGGAGACUACGAGGUGAUCGACGAGGACACCAACAGCGUGAGGACGGACAGCUGGCUCUACAUGCUGGGCGAGACGGUGGGGACGCCGUACCGCUUCAACUCCUCGGGGUCGGGUCGCUGGGAGGGCGGACCCAGCAAGGACUCCGUCUACAUCACCUCGCUGUACUUCACCAUGACCAGUCUGACCAGUAUCGGCUUCGGAAACAUCGCCCCGAACACGGACGGGGAGAAGAUCUUCGCCGUGGCCAUGAUGAUGAUCGGAUCUCUGCUGUACGCCACCAUCUUCGGUAACGUCACCACCAUCUUCCAGCAGAUGUACGCCAACACCAACCGCUACCACGAGAUGCUCAACAGCGUGCGAGACUUCCUCAAACUCUACCAGGUCCCCAAAGGCCUGAGCGAGCGAGUGAUGGACUACAUCGUGUCCACCUGGUCCAUGUCCAGAGGCAUCGACACCGACAAGGUGCUGCAGAUUUGUCCAAAGGACAUGCGAGCGGAUAUCUGCGUCCACCUCAACAGGAAGGUGUUUAAGGAACACCCGGCGUUUCGGCUGGCGAGUGACGGCUGCCUGCGAGCCCUCGCCAUGGAGUUCCAGACCAUCCACUGCGCGCCGGGCGACCUCAUCUACCACGCCGGAGAGAGCGUGGACAGCCUCUGCUUCGUAGUGUCGGGGUCACUGGAGGUCAUCCAGGACGACGAGGUGGUGGCCAUUUUAGGUAAAGGUGAUGUGUUCGGUGACGUGUUCUGGAAGGAGAUGACCUUGGCUCAGUCCUGCGCUAACGUCCGAGCGUUGACCUACUGCGACCUCCACAUCAUCAAACGAGACGCGCUGCAGAAGGUUCUGGAGUUCUACUCGGCCUUCGCGAUCCACUUCGCCAGAAACCUGGUGCUGACCUACAACCUGAGGAAGAGGAUCGUCUUCAGGAAGAUCAGCGAUGUGAAACGCGAGGAAGAGGAGAUGCUGAAGAGGAAGAACGAGGCUCCUCUGAACCUCCCUCCGGACCACCCGGUCCGUCGACUCUUCCAGCGUUUCCGGCAGCAGAAGGAGGCCCGGCUCGCCUGCGAGCAGGUCGGCGACGUGGAGAAAGGCGUUUCAACCAAAGGCCCGGAGGUCCUGGCGUCCACCAGCAUCGUCAUGGUGACCGAAAACGCUACCGCAUCCACCACCUCCUCAGCAUCCACCGCAUCCUCUUCAUCCAGGACCUCCAGCCGGGUGAUGCUCCACGCUCCCGCCACCCAGAACGGAAACCUGACAGGCUGCAAGUCCGCAGAGCCGCCGAAAGCUAAAGGCUGGGGACGAUUCAAGGAGUCGGUCGUCAAGGCCGAGUCAUGGAGCAGCGUCUCCAAGGCCGAGUCCAUGGAGACGCUGCCCGAUAGAACUAAAUCUCACGACGAGAUGUCCCUCAAGAAAACCGACUCGUGCGACAGCGGCAUCACGAAGAGCGACCUCCGCUUGGACAACGCCGGUGACGCCAGAACGCCGCAGGAGCGAAGUCCAGUUCAGUCCGACGAGAAGAAGGCGUUCUGUCCGAUACCGGAGCAGAGCCUGCAGGCGUCUUUCCUCGAGCUGAAACAAGAACUCAGAGGGGACAUCGGGUCUCUGAACAGUCGCAUGGCGGCGUUGGAGACUCAGCUGGCUGAAAUGCUUCGACUUCUCAAAUCCAGGAAGUCGUCGGGCUCCUUCUUCGAGAUCUCGCGGCCGCCUUCCCCCGACUCAGACAAGGACAGCCUCUCUUAACUGUCCCGACGGCGGGAAUCGAACUCAACCUAUUCUGCCUUCAGACGUCAGAAAGAGCUCCUGACAGCAGGGAGACGAGAAGCACUUUGUGUUAACUGACUGAGUGAAACUGGAAUAAGAUCACAGAGACUAAAGAACGAGUCCCGACAGUCACGAUGGCACCUUCGGUCCUCAGACCGUCACAUGAUAUCGGCAAUAAUAACAGAUGGCUUUAAAGGGAUAGUUCGGAGGUUGUAUGAGGUACUUAAACCACCUAAAAGAAUCAAUAUCAGUUUAAGUGGACGCUAUAUUUACCUUUCCGUCAGACAGCUGUUCUCCAAACUCGGGGCGGUUCCCGACCUCCGUCUACACUGACGAUGGAUAAAUACCUCAUACAACGCCACUCCUAAAGAUAUGAACUAUCCCUUUAACUCGCUGGCUUUAAGCAGGACUUUGGCACUGUGAUGCAGUGAUGUGUCUCCAAGGCUUCGACCUGGUCUCAUGAGGUCUGGUCCACAAAGUUUGUUUAGCUGUUCAGAGCCUUCAGACACUCGACGACGGUCUGCUGUCAUCGGCUGCUCUGCUGCUCUGUCAAUCACAAGUUAUCACAUUAUGUAUUGAGUCCGCUGGAAUCGAUGCGACGGCUUUAUAUCGUUCACAUCAAACAUUUCCAAACCUGAGAAAACCAGGACGGUCCAGAUGAUGGGACCAGUUCCACACUGGUUGGUUUUUCUGUUAGCAAGUGAGGAACUAAAAAAUGAUUAAUGUUAAAAACAAAACAAUAAAGGACAAUGAUGUGAGUAGCCUCUACAUUCAGCAUCCUAACUUGCUCUCGGUGUCUGUAGCGCCUCCCUGAGGCUGAAAGCUCAGACUGCAGCCGGUGAGAAGCUUUACUCUUUAAAGUUAAUUCAUAUUUCUCUCUUGGUUGUAUCUGAGGCUUCUCUGUAAAGUUACAGCUGUAUUUACUAUUCAGAUUUCAACACCACAUGACAUGUUCAAGAAUAAAAUACAGGCCUUUAUUUUUUAUAUUAUCAAUUAAUCUGGCGAUUCUACGUCGUCAAAUGUCUGUUUUGUCUAAAUCUGAAAUAUAUUCAGUUUAUUUAUGGCAAAGAGAAGAAGAGUCAUGUGAGAAAGCGUCGCAGCUUUUACUGUUUCAGCUUAAAAAAUGACUGAAAUGAUUCAUCAAUUAUCAAAAUAGUUGCUGUUAUUUGGUUUCAGCUCUAAAAAUAAUACUCUUACGAUGAUAAAAUGUCACAGCGGCGCUCUGUGAUUGGUUGUUUAGAGCGCCAAUCAAAAGACAGACAGUCAAAGCAGGAAGUCGUUGACACGGUUGAAGAACAGUGUGGACCAGACUCUCAGCUGACGGUCAAAGGUUUGGAUCUUUACGUGAUAUUUGCACCAUUUUAAUCAGAGUUUGUGGUUUAUUAGAGAAAAGGCGACAGAAUGUUUCCACCUGAACACACUGAAGUGUUUUUAUUAUGCAUGAAUGAAUGAAUGAGAUAAGUUUAACGCAGCACAGUGAAAAUGUUUCUGAUGUUGAUGUUUGAUUUGUUCUGGCUGGUUACUCUGGACGUUUAGUUUGCAUGUUAACGAGUCGUUAGCUUGGAUGGAAGGUAACAUUAUUAAUCUGAUGCUUCGGUUUAUAGGAGCACACACAUUUGAUGGUUUUAAUUCAGAUAUCUCUGGUUUAUCUUCUCGGCCUUUCAAGAAAACUGUGAACACUUUCAAAUCAAACUCUCUGCCUGCAUUUCCUGUUUUUGUUUCGUUUCGCCAAACGCUGAACAUAAAAUCCGGAUGAGUUCAUGUCUGUCUGAUCAGCAGAGACCUCCGUGUCGGGAGACGGCCGUCGGUCCGACGCUGGUGAGUUUGUCUUCGCUGUACGCUCGUAAUCCAGGUUUUAAAGGAGUUUAAUAAUGUUUAAUGAAGAGUUGUGGAGUGGGAGGAGCUAUUUCUGCGCCCUUGGUGACUCUCAGUUCUCUCUUUUACAGUUUGGAUCAAUGAAAGUAAAAGACUUUGGGGGUAGAAGUCAACUACGACGCCCAAGGUGCAUCUCGGCAAGAAACAGCCAAUCACGGAGCUUAAAAUUCAGUCACGUCGUCGCUAACGGCGAACAGAAGCUAAAAAACUGAUUUCACACUUUUUUCAAUUUCGGGGGUCACUUUUGAGUGAAUUCAGUAACCAUGGCGACACAUUCCUCCAUAGCAACGGUGGCCGAGGCUCAUGGGUAUUGUAGUAUUCUCAACUGGUAUUCUUUAAACUGGUGUCAGAAUAUAAACCAGUAGGAUGGUUUCUGUGUUCAUUCAAAUAUCUGAAAUGUGAAUACAGAAUAAGGAAAAACACUUCAGGACCAGCAGCUAAAAGUUAUUAAGAAUGAGCUUGUCCUCGUCAUUUUUCAUAAUUUGAAGAUACUCCUUGCUCCAAAUCACAAAAAUUAUGUUUUCUGUUGGAUUUCAGACUCAACGAGCUGCAGUAACAGGUUUUCAACCACUAGGGGGCAGAAAGACUCCAAAACAAACAAAGAGUCUUUUUGUGUUUGAAGAGUGUAGAAAGAUAAAUGCUUCCUAUAAGUGUGUUUGGAUCAGAAAUAGCAAACUGUUUUCUCCUCUGAGAGAGAUGCUGUGUCUCCACUCAGACGUUUGGCUGUUUGUUUGUUUGUUUGUUUGUUUGUUUGUUUGUUGGCGUUCGCCGGUGCGUCACCUUUGGUUCUGGUGGGCGUUUGUUUUCUCUCCAGGAGAUGCUGGUUGUGCCUCUGAAGGCUCAGCAAGACAUGAGGUGGAAACACGAUAAAGGAAUAAACAAAGAACUAAACUAAUGUUUUCAGGAAACCGUCUCUGCUCUGCAUGUUUGUCCACAUCCAUCAUCUGCUGUUCAGUCUGCUGUCAAGUGUGUUUAAGUAAACUGUGACGAAGCAGACGUCAUCUCCUGCUGAGCCGGAGGUCACGACAGACUCCAGGAUUCCCUACAGGAGAGCUGUGAUUGGCUCAGCUGAAUCCUAACAGAUAUUCAUGGAUCGCUGGUUCCUUCUUUGUCUUUGACGUCUUCUGUGAAGUUCUUCUGCUGCUCAGUAAAGCUUAAAGCUGUGUGUCCGAUUACACUCGUCUUUUCCUUCUGCGCUCAGCUGAUCAGAUUUACAUCCAAAACACCUUCCAGACAUCUUGAUGACAGGAACAUUUCACAAAGUCCCUAAAAGCAUCAAACAUGUUGAAGAAGGCAGCUGAUCUUCUUUAUUUAGCUUUCUAUUUGUUAUUCAUGUUACGUCUCACUCUUUGGUUGCUACGCCCACACAACGCCACAGUCUGUGUGAACGUUUCUGAAACAUCUUUGUCACAAUCUGGAGCUUGAAAAUCCUGAUAUGAGCAAAGAGGAGCAGAGCUGAGACCAGAUGAGCAGCAACAACCACGACUGAAGUGUGACAGGCUGAGACAUAAACCUUAAAGGAAGAUCACCAUUUAUUUCAACCUGAUGUAUUUCCCAUAAAUGUGACGUAUAUCAGAGCUGCUGAGCCUCCUCCAGCUCUCCAAAUAAACAUGAUUAUUACAUGAGUCAUUCCAAACAUUUUUUCACUGAGUCCGAACAAAAGUAAACACAGAAACUAGCCGUGGUUCUGUCCAGUCGGCUUCGCUCUGUUCGUCCAGGUGAAACAGUCUCCAGGAAAACAACGUUGCUCAGAGAAGUUACACAGCUCAGAUCGUUCUUGUCUAGAUUUUCCACGUCAACAACAACAAAAGUUUUCCUCCUCAGUCAGCAGCGAUCGCAGGAAUACCGCUGGAUUCCUGACAUAUGUUGUCUUCCUGCCUCCUUUCUUCAUCUUUCCUUAUCUUCCUCAUUUGUGAGACAGUGUAACUGCAGUGAAAGUCAUUCAUGGGAAACACGUCAGGUUGGAAUAAACCAGAAUCUUCCUUUAAAAUCUCCCCAAUGCAACAUCAACAUGAGAAAAUCUGCACUGUUAUUGAUUGUAUUUGUAGAGAGAAGUUGAGGGUUUUCCCCUUCACUUCAAUACAGACAGAGUUUUAUCACAGCACCAUCUAGUCGAUGUGAGAGCUGAAUACACUUCAAGUGUAAAUUAUACUUUUGGUGUUUCUAUAGCUACGAGGGUCCAUGUGACAUCAAAGGUCUGCAGCCCAAAAUUUAUGACCUCAAGGACGCACAGCAACCAUGACAGCUAAUGUAGAGUUAGUUAGUAAAUUGAGCUCGUUAAACUUUAACACUCAGCUGUGGUUGUUGCUGAACAUUCAAAUAAAACUCCCAGAACUUUCCCAACAUCAUUUAAAUGCAAAUUUCAGACAAAUCAGAUUGAUAAUACAGAAUAUAUCCUGUUGUGUUUUUACAUAAAAAGUGACAGUUUUCUGCAGUUUUAAGAAGGGUGUCAUCUGCAAACAUGAUAACAAAAGUACCGAAUCUGCUCAAGCUGGAAACUGUCUGCAGUGAAAUGUGAAACAUGUGGAGCAUCGUGACACAUUUGAUGCUGCACUUCUGUGAAUCAGAGGAAAUGUAACCUGUUGUGUAUUCACCUGAAAUGUCUAACUGAUAAUCUGAGAUGUUUGUUUGUCUUGACUUUGGUGUCUUGUGUAUCCUGUGUAGGUGUGAUAUAAUAUAUCGUCAUAAUAUGCAAUUAUUGCCAUGUAUGCUGUUUCUCUUGAGAGGCUGGUUGUUGUUUUGUGGUACUUUGUGCGUCUCACGCUGUCCCACGAGCACCGCCGGUAUCGACACUGAUGCACUUUGGUCGUCUGUCGUCCCUGCAUGACGCUGGUGUCUGAAACUCUGUUUUUCUCUAAAAAGGAAAAACUGAAACUGAGCUGACUUUGCCUUGCUACUUCAAUAUCUCGGAGGACUCUCCCUAAACUUUACUACCUUCUGCUGUCGGUCACGUGUAUGUAACGGCUGCCGUCUGUGCAUGAAGAGCACUUCAAUGUUAAAAUCUGACAAAGUCUUUAUCAAUAUCACGUAUGCACUGUUUUGGAAAUUCACAACUUGGAGGAAAAGAUUGAGAAGAAACUUAACCACAGAUAUAUAUUCUUAUUUCUGUUCUUCACUUAUUGUCAGGAAUGAAAACUGUAUCAGCACAAAGAGUAUUUAUAAAAAAACCAAAUGUCAACAAUAAAUGAUUUUAU